AAGGCUGCUGGCUUCCCAUCAUCCAAGCCUUCUAAGCCUCCAAAAACCAUGCGACGAGAGGGCCGCCAACAUGGCCUGGUGAUAACCUGCAGCCUUCCAGAUACCCACCCCAAGCCCAAAUCCAGAGUCUUGAACCGCCUCGACGGCCCUCCGACAGCCGGAGUGUACACCAAGGUUCCCACCAAGCCCACCAACCACUCAAAAUUUACAGGCCGGUGCAGCAAGACCAUGUGGGCCUCUUGCCACUUUAGGCCUGCUUACAAGUCAAAAGAUAAGGCUAAAGGGAAUCACAAACUCAAAUCAUCUGCAAUGGAUUCUGGAGGCAAGCUAUGGUUCAAUGGAGUGUCGGCGACUCGAGUCCUGGAUCACCUCUAUGAAGAUAAUUGGACCAUUGAGAGUGAUGGAGAUGCCGAAUAUGCUAGCAAUGACGAAGGAUUGGAUGAAGAAAAGCAUGGGCCGUCGACCGAAGAAAGCCGGGUUCGACUUGUGAAUGAUGAUGGAAUAGGUUUGGAUCGGAUCAGGCCGGAAAUGAUGAAAGAAGAUGAUGUCAAUGAAGAUUGGGUUUUGGUCGAGGGAUGCGAACUUUGAUCUAAUUGCAGUUUUAUGCCCAUAUGUGAAGCUUAAUUUCUUCUCAUGAAUAAAAAGUUCAACUUGAUUUUUAGUGGGCCUAGAAGAGGUUGUCAAUUGGUGUCAUUACUUGUGCUGCUAUUUUAUGUCUUCAUCUUGAAAUCCUAGGAGCUUAAAUUCUUUUACUAGUGGAAUGGUGAUACAGACUCUGUGAAUGACUGACUGAUCCUAUUUACAAUGUUACUUAUGGAU